GAUAUUGCAAUGAAUAUAAAUGUAGUCGGGGCCAAGAAUGUCCUCAAGUUUGCUAAGAGUUGUAAAAAAGUAAAAAUGCUUCUUCAUGUAUCUACCGCUUAUGUUUGCGGCAAAACAACAGGAAUUUUAUCAGAAAAAUCGUUAGUUAUGGGUGAGACGCUGAACAAAAACUCUUAUUUGGAUAUGGAUAAAGAAAGGAGCAUUAUAGCAAGCAAAUUUAGGGAACUUAGAGCUCAAAAUGCGACAGCAAAAGAAUUGACAAUAGGUAUGAAAGAACUCGGCCUACAAAGGGCAAGGUUACAUGGAUGGCAAAACACAUAUUCUUUCACAAAAGCAAUGGGAGAGAUGAUUUUGGGAGACUUGAAGGAAAAUGUAGAGAUUGUUAUCAUACGUCCAGCGGUUAUAACUAGUACCUACAAAGAGCCAUUUCCUGGAUGGAUAGAAGGAGUAAAAACAGUGGAUUCAUUUAUUUUGGCUUAUGGAAAAGGUGUACUGAAAUUCUACUAUGGUGAUCCUAACUCAAAAUUUGAUGCGAUUCCAGGAGAUAUGGUGGUGAACACAAUCCUUGCCGCGAUUAUAGCACAUGAAAAUCAAUAUUCUCAACAAGUAGUUAUUUAUCACAGCAGCUCUUCUUUAAACAAUCCUCUAAAAAAUUCAGACUUAAUGCUUUACGCGUUUAACUAUUUCACAAAAAAUCCAUGGGCUAAUAAAGAUGGGAAAAUGAUCAAAGUGAAGGCUCCUAUGCGUCCAUUUAGCAGCAUGACUAGCUAUCGCAAACACAUUUCAACUCAUUAUUUGCCACUCUUAAAGAUGUUAAAGUUUGUGAAUCAAGUUUCAUGCCAUCGCUACGAAAAAAACUAUCUACUUAUGAAAAAGAAGAUAUCUAAGGCUAUACGUCUGACUGAACUAUACGAACCCUAUGUGUUUUUCUAUGGAAGUUUUGAUGAGGUUAAUGCUGAAAAAUUGAGAUUGGCAAUGAAGGAAAUUAACAUGGAUCAAGUGCUUAAUUUUGACUCACGUUGCAUCAAAUGGGAGGAUUACUUUAUGAAUGCUCACAUUCCUGGUGCUGUCAAGUACCUCUUCUAAGGAUUAUAUGCUUCAGCUUUUAAUUUGUGUGUACUUGUUAUGCAAUAUUAUCAUGUCUAAAUUUAAUAAAAGUGAUACAAAUUUGGGUUUU